GUCUUCCUACAUCGCGAUCGUUUUGUCAUCGGGCAGUGGCGCACCAUGGGGGGUAAUCUCGGCUGUCAUCGGUCCAUUCCUAAGGACCCGUCAGAUCUGUGCCAGAAAAACCGCAAGUUCAGCGCAGCUUGUAACUUCAGCAACAUCUUGGUGAGCCAAGAGAGACUGAACAUCAACACUGCCACCGAGGAGGAACUGAUGACCCUGCCUGGGGUGACCAGACAGGUAGCCCAGAAUAUAGUGGAGUAUAGAGAAUAUAUCGGAGGCUUCAAGAAGGUGGAGGACCUGGCUCUGGUCAGUGGGGUUGGAGCUGCCAAACUGGAACAGGUAAAGUUUGAGAUCUGUGUUAACAGUAAAAGUAGCUCAGCCCAACACUCGCCCAACUCUCUGAAAAAGGACGUGGACCAUGGGUACCAUAGCCAACACCUGUCUGCCACCAGGGUCAACAUCAACACCGCCAUUGCUUCCCAACUGAGGAACCUCCGAGGAGUGACCGAGGAGAUGGCCCAGGACAUUAUCCUCUACCGCACUCAGCAUGGUCCAUUGAAGAGCAUAGAGGACCUGCUCAAAGUGGACUCCAUUAGCUCAUCUUUUCUGGACAGGAUAAGGCACCAGGUGUAUGUCCAAAGAUCUCGGCCACCAUCCACCCAUACCAAUGGGGGCUUACACUUCAUGGCCAAACCGCAUCCAAGCCCAACCUCUCUAAGCCUACAGAGUGAGGACCUUGACUUUCCACCUGGAGGACCCACUCAGCUCAUCUCUACCCGUCCUCCUGUAGAAGUAUUUGGAGGUGUGAGGGAGGGCAAGCCAGUGCUCAGGCUGGCAACCUGGAACCUACACAACUGUAGCCUGGACAAAGCCAACAACCCUGGGGUCAGGGAGGUGGUGUGCAUGACCAUUUUAGAGAACUGCAUCAAGCUUCUAGCUGUCCAAGAUCUGACUGAUAAAGAUGCACUGGAAAAGUUCUGCACAGAGUUAAACCAGCCAUCUUUGCCUAACAUACGCAAGUGGAAAGGAGUCAGAGGAUCGUGGAAGUGCGUUGUUUCUGAAAAGCCAUCAUCCGGCCCUAACGAGAAAAUCUCAUGCUCUGGAUAUCUGUGGGACACAACAGCUGGCAUUGAACUGAAGAAUGUCAGCUUGCAAGAAAGCCCUCAGACCAAUGGCAAUGGCAAGCACAUGUAUUUACAGCCCUACAUUGCACAUUUUAAGGUUGGAACAAAUGAUGUGACCUUGGUAAAUAUUCACCUGCGCCCUCCCCCAAAUGAAGCUGGAAAGCAGCAGAGUGACAGCCACAAACCGUCUACCUUUGGACAAACGCUGCAGGAGACCCUGAAAGGGGAAAAGGAUGUGAUCAUUUUGGGAGGAUUCAGCCAACCCUCAGACAGCAGUAACUUUGAUUCUUUGAGAAAAGAAAAGUUUCACAACUUGCUUCCAGCAAACACAUUUACAAAUAUCAGCACAAAGACUCCUCAGGGGAAUAAGUCCCUGGACAAUAUCUGGAUCAGCAAGAGCCUGAAGAAAGUGUUCACAGGUUACUCAUUGGUGGUGAGAGAGGGCCUCACAAACCCUUGGAUUCCAGACAACUGGUCAUGGGGUGGCGUGGCUUCAGAGAACUGCCCUAUACUAGCGGAAUUUUACAUGGAGAAAGACUGCAGCAAAAAGGAGUUGGCUUCAAAAGCUAAUGGAGUCACUGUGGAACGCAACGAGGCAAACUCAAAACAUGAAAGAUGAAAAAUCAAUAAAGCACUUUUAUCUCAUCAGGAGAUGCAAGAGGGGAUAUUUCUCCAAUAUUCUGACUGUGAACUGUGAAUAGGACUCCUACGCUUUCAAUAUCUGAGAUAUUAAUGUUUGAUUUCAAGUGCCCACCGCCUCUUAUGUUAACAACGGAUAUUGUAGAAUAUCAGUUUGUGCUAGAUAAACCAUUGCUCUUUAUGAUGUCUCAGCUUUCCAUGGACAUUUAUGAACCCAUAAAAAAAGACUGCAACCAGAAGAGAAGGAAACUAUACUUAAACUUUCUGUGAAACGUUUUAUUUUUAACUGAUGCAAUAACGUAACAUAAGACUGUCAACAGGAGACCCUUAACACUGUCAGUUAUUUUUGUUCUCAAUUUAAUGAAAUUACCUGCAGAUUGCAUGCUUUUGUACAGUACACAUUGAGAACAUUUUGAACUUUUUAACUAUGCACUUUUAACCCCUCUAAAGCUACUGAAGCCAGAUGGCUUAAAAAUGUGAUCGGACUAUGCUUAAAAUAAAUGACUUCC